AUGAGGGAGUUCAUGGUCCACGUCCAGAACGCUUUUUACAACGCGACAGGAUGGAGCCAGGACAAUUCAUACUCAACCCUCAAUUCUACUGCGCAUGAGCUCCUCUGCUUUCCGACACCACAGGGACUUCGAUUAAGCCUCUCCUCACUCGCCACGCCUCACUUUGCGACAUCAUACCAGCUCGGUUCCAUCGGAAUAGUUGACGGCUCCGUGUCCUACCUUUACUCAUCCGCGCCUCUCAAAGACCACUUCGAUCCGCAGUCCGAAAGCCUACCCCUUCCAAUCUUAUGCCGUGGCUAUAGAUCACUACAACAGCUCCCCAGACGCGACCCUGUCCAGGCUCUUCAACCAAUUUCCUUGCUGGAGGCGCUCGUGAUCAAGAGGUUCUCUUCGGGACUACAACUCCAGCUCAGGGCCGUAUCAUCCAAGAGUCUGAGGAACGGUGGUUCUCUUCUCGGUCUCGCGCAAUACGACGUGGGUAAAUUCUCUGUCGAAGGUCUAGCAUCUUCCGAUGGACGACACUGUAGCCUCGCCACGAUGCUCGACUUCAACGUUUACAGCUACGAAAGCAAUUGGUCCGUCGGAAUGGAGCUCUGGCGAAAGGAGUUCCUCCGGCGCGUUGAAGAUCCCGCAGCACAGCUCGAGGCGCCGCUCUCUACGACACACAGCCUGGUUACCACCGACCCCGCGGUAGUUAAAGCGUGGAGUCGGAGCAUGCAGGCCAAGUUGGAGUGGCGGUUGGACGAGCCCGCGGCGCAUGCGCCCACUUCCCUAGGAAACCAAAAAGAGGUGUUGUCGAGAACGGAAACCGCUGGCGGUAAGGAAGAGGAUUAUAGUGGGGUGAUCAAAGCGCGAAUCAGCCAGAACUCGACGAUAGGGAUUCUCUGGGAGGGAAGGGUAAAGGCGUUGAUUUAUAGCAUCGGGAGCGGGAUCGACCUACACAGGCCAGAUCAGCCCUUCAGGACUCUUGGAUUAGAAGUUCAGUACUCCUCGUAA